CCAAUAUUUUGGAAUUUGGUGACCUAUUUUUCUUUCUAGGUGCCUAAUUCUUAGUUAUUAUACUGCUAAAGCUGAAGAAAUCUAAAAUAUCGUAGUUUUUGAAACAAAUUAAAAUGUAGGCGUCUGAUAUGUUAUCAGUAUUUGACUCUUUCCGAAUGCGUAACAUUCCAAAAUUUGUGUACGUUCUUUUCUUUAAAUUUCUUUUAGAGCUGUAAUCAGCUCGUGAAACCAUUUAUAAUGGCAUGCGCUACAGCAGAUAUGCAGGAUAGAGUGAAAUUGUAUAAAUUCACUAAGAUUUUGACUUUGAAAGUGGCGCAGAUUGUAGUGCAAAGUAGACAAGGGAAAAAAAUAGGCCAUAAUAUUAUAAAAGGCCACGAAGAGGGCCGGCCGGGGUCUCCUCACAGUUUGCAAUGGUUCAACUUAUCCAUACCGGAUGUGCCGGAAGUGAACAGUGACACUAAACGAGUUCUAAAUGGCGAAGUGCUAGAAGCACUCAGCAAUGUUCUUUGUAUCGAGAUAGUGCUGAGAACAAAUGACGGAGAUGAGAUGGUACUAGAAGUCUGGACAGUUAGACUCACUCCAAGCUCCACUUGUGACAGCAUCUCUUCAGUCUCAAAUAUCUACUAUCGUAUGAGCAUCAUGCUGAAAUCUACAUUGAGCAUAUCACGGAUAACACCAGCAUACAAACUUUCAAGAUUACAAAAUAGAGAUUCAUAUCAAAUAUCUUAUAAAAUUUACGGUGGUCUACCAGACCUAGACUUUUUAGGCGAAAACCGUAAAUCUAUAAAAGUGAGUGAAGUCAGCACACCAAUUGGAACUAUCCAGAUAGAGGUGGCCUAUCGGACAAAAAUGAACAUACUUCCAGAGGACCAUAAGCCUAUGGAGAAGAAUGUUUUACAGACCAGCGACAACAUAAUGAUAAAGAGCGAUCAUUUUCCAAAAGAAAGUCCAAGGAAAAAGUUGAAUGAAAAGAAGGAAUUAGACUUAUCGAGGCCAUUAACAGCUGGAGCUUUUGUGGAUACAAUCAAACUUCAAGAACUACAUGAUGCGCUGAGUCAACAGAUUCCUCCUGAGCCACCCAUGGUGUGGCUUCUUGCUGAAAAGGACAAGAUGGAGAAAAAAAUGAAGCUCUUAUCAAUGGAGGAUACAAGCGAGGCGGGUAAAGUCGACGAAGCCUGUUGCUCUACGGCACCAAGCCGAGCCAUAGACGUCCCUAAGCCGAAUGACCUCAACAAAUACGGAAGCCUCAUGGAAUUUCCGUUCGCUGACGGCAGCCCUAUCGCCGAACUGGCGAACUUCUACCGCGAGUGUAUGCAGGCUCGUUCGGCAUCUAGCGGCGACUCCUGGGCGAGUGUAGCCCCACCGGUGGAUAGGGCUUCGGUCGCGGCGCAGCUGCGGAUGUGCGAGGAGGCAGUUCCCGAGUUCGACAGCCUCGUGGCGGCCCUGUAUGGCGAGGGCGAUCCAGACGACCGCUGAACCGUUUAAACCUUUUAAGCCAGAUUUUAUCUCAAGCUUCGAUAGAUCCACACUACCGAGCAGUCGGGACGUAUUGGGGCCAGGCGAAUGCGCUAUACAGUUUUGUACAUUUUAUAUAGUAGCUACCUACUAUAGGUCCCUAUUCGCUUAAAUCUUCUGAAAUCUACUUAAAUUUUCCCCAUACGUACGUUCGACAUCCUAACCAAGAAUUAGGCUAUUCGGGAUUUUUGUGAUUUUUGACACUGCCAUUACGCUCAUUUACGUUUGUGCUAUUAUAUAGGCAGUCUUUUCAUUACAUUUUAGUGUAAGUACUACAAGUAUGUUAAAAUAAAU